AUGGCCUUCGUCGCAAGUAUACGAGCAAAUGCUCACCCCUCAACUCCUGAUUUCGAGACUCAUUACGCUUCAAAUCAUCAAUCGACUGAUUCGACUCCAUCUGAUCUCACGGACUCAACUACCCCGGUCACCCUUCCACUUCCACAUCCACAUCUAGAGAACCAACAUCGGCCGAAUCCUCGACCAAAGAAUCCUACAUAUUCGCAGUACUCACAAACACAGUCAGCCACAGCCCGAUCCCGCGCAUAUUCAACAGCCUCCACGUCGUCUAUCAACUCUGUUCGUCGCAAACCUUUACCUGUAAGUGCCUCACCUCUGGCAACUAGGUUUUCCACCAGGUAUUCCACGGCGGAAUACUUCAGUCCAUCUAUCGAAGAGUUACCAGAGCCGGAUCUGCCAUAUUCAAGGUACACGAAUGUUGAAGAUAGUCCAACACUUUACGAAUUUCCAUCGGAUUUGAAGAGCGCCACUCCAUUUACCCCAGAGAGUUCUAGCAACAGAAGUUCCGUCCGAAGUUCAAUAAGAAGUUCAAAGAGCUCUAAGAGUUCUAAAAGUGCCAAAAGUGUCAAAAGUGUCUCGAAACUACAACGACCGUCAUCAAAAAGAUAUUCCAGUGAACAUAUCGCUUGGACGACAGUGACGCCGACGCUAUCAGAACAACCCCCAGAGCCCGAAGAACAAAUCCUCAGCCCAAAAAGUCCGAAUCUCCUAGUCCCGUCUCAUUCACAUUCACCGGGGGCCUCAAGGCAUGCAAGAUUAGUUAGUGAUCCAGCAUUAAGUUCUGAUUCUGAUUCUACCGGUCAUUGGUACGGGAAUUCGAGUCCAGGAAGUCGCCCAGGUUCUGCUACUAUGUCCAUAUUCUCAUCCAAACCUACACCACCACAUAUUAUUAUACCUAAUGCUCCAGCACGAACCUACUCUCACGAAUCGCAUGAAUCUUCUUCGACUAUACACAUACCUAAAUCGCCAGGGAAGCUUGGCUCUUUCUUCAGUUGGGGAGGUGCCGCAUCCCCAUCUAGUUCAACAACUACCUUUUCGGAAGACAAGGCAGAUUAUUCACCAAAUUCUCCCAUACCCUCAUCAAAUGCGUCCCCAAAUAAACUUUCAGAAUUCGAAGAUCCCCAUUCAAGGACGUACAAUAGUAAAGCGCCGCCAAUCGCAAUCGAUAUACCCAAAGCCAAUGCAGAUGCGGCAAGUUAUCUCGGAAACGCAUAUCUACAAAUACCCAUAGCAACGCCUAGUCCCCCGCCUUUACUUGUCGACGAGAUGGAGAAAGAAUUGAAGGAUAUUAGCCAAGAGCUGGCGUCUUCUAUAAGAAGGGAGAUGGAUUUGGAGGAUCUUGUAGACCGAUUACAACUCGAAGCCCAAAAUUCAGGAACAAAUACUAGCAAGCGAACAAGUGAUUACUUUUCGGAUUCCGGAACAAGCGUGAUUCCCAGAUAUGGAGAUCCUGAUCCGAAGCAGGAGGAGCUUGAUCGAAUACAAAGGAAAACGGAACAAGAGAAGGCUUCGAUUAGACUAGAACUUACAGAUAAGGUACAAGAUGAACGAGCCAUAAGAAAACAGCUUGAGACACAAAUUCGUUCAUUGGAAGAAAGGGCGGCUCAGGUUGACCUUACAGCUAUCAAUUCUCUUGGUAUCAAUGGACGACUGAAAGAAUUGGAGACAACCUGUGAGGAUCUUCGUCGCAAAUUAUCCGAAGAGAAACAGAUUAGGGAAAACUUUGAAGACCUUUUAACUGCACUCAAGGGAGACCUCGAAACCUCUCACAACGAGCGGGACAACUUACGAGAUGAGGUUGUUCCUCAGCUCAAAGCCCGUGUCGAAGGACUUGAAGCGCAAGCUGCAGAGCAUGAAAGGCUGACUUACGAGCAAUCCAAAAUGACUCAAGAACUCCAAACGCUCAAGAAAGAAAAUACCACCCUGAUCAAUGCACAAAGACUACAAAUGGAGAUGAAUCAGUUCAAUUCUAUUUCGGAGGAGGAUAGCAUAGGUAGCAUAAGCAGCCUGCCAAAGUCUAGGUCAUCUAUAAUGAGCAUUGGUGGUUUAAGUGGACUCGGUAGUCUAGGUGGUCUAGGUGGUUUGAAACGAUCCAAUUCUCUCGCACAUACUGGUAAAACGGCUAGAUCACCUGGUGGAUUAUCAAGGACAACUUCUGUCAAGACCACAGAGUCUAGAGAUGCUCUAGCGGAACGUGUGAAGGAUAUUGAGCUUCAACGAGAUUCGCUACAUCGGGCUCUCAAAAGCUUACUCGAACGUCAAGAGCACCAAAAUCAUGAAAAUGAAAAGAAAAUUCGCCAAUUGGAAAUGGAAAGAGAUCGUGCCCUAAACCAAUCACCCAGGCGGCAAGGAUACGAUAAGGAAGUUUCCAGUUUAAGAGAAGAAAUUAAUACCCUUCGCCGUCGCGCGGAUGAAGCAAUCGAGCAGAAGUGGCAAUGUGAGAAAGGCCUAGGAGGUUUGAAGAUGGAUCUCGAUCGCGCUGAACAAGAAAUCGGUUCGCUGCGAAGCCUGUUGCAAGAAAAGGACAUAUUGAUCAAGCGAUCGAGUACAGAUUCUAGACCCGGCAGCUCACACGCAACCUCUGAGACACUUGAGCGUUCGUAUCGGGAUCUUCAGUCGGCUUACACAGCUUCUAUUGAGCGAGUCAAGGAACUUGAGAUCUCAGCCUCUGGUGACGAGGCCACCGCACGAGCUAUGGAGCAGCUGGAGAGGAGCUUGUCUGAUGCAAUUUCCGAAAGAGAUGUUGUAAAGCAAGAGCUUGAGGCAGUUAGGGAGCAAUCGGAAUCAUUGAGGGACUCCGAGAAGGUAAAUCUUCAGGAUGAGAUGCUCUUGGCAGAUGAGCUACGUGAAUCGGCCAAACGUGUUGAAGAAUUGGCUGGACAAGUCAGAUCACAACUUGCUUCAAAUAGUACCCUCAGGCAGCGUCUGGCUGAUGCUAUCGAACGAGGAGAGAAGGAGCAGAAAGCCAAUGCGCAAAAGAUUACGUUCCUCCAAACAAAGCUCAAGGCUCUCGAGGACCAGCUUAUGACUGCUCAGAACGUAUCUGAGGUGAGAAUUACUCGUCAUGAAGAUGAGAUUCGUGAUCUCAAGGACAGCCACAAUGUCCAGCUUCACCGCGUGAAGUCUGACCUCCGCUCACCUCGUUCAUUCGGGCCUAAAACUCCCAUGUCCCCAUUAUUCGCAAAUGCGAAGAAGGUGCCACGCCUGUCCGUCACCACUUCCGGUAAAGGAAUGUCGGUAUCUGAGGACUCACAGGUUGAGUUCUUGAAACAACAAGUCGUUAAUUUGGAAGCUGCACUUGCAGAAGCCGAUACCGAAAUGGAGGAAGUUGUCGGUCGUAUGAAUAUCGCACAAAUCGAAGUAAUGGAACUACAAAACGAAAAAGAAGAAGCGGUACGUCAAACGAAGAAAUUACAGAAAAUGAUUGAGCAAGAAAAAUUAAGAGCUUUCAAGGGAAAAUUCGCUUCUCUUAACUCGACAUUCCAAUGA